AUGACAUUCCCCAGGCGCGCAUCUUCAUCUAUGGAUAUAAUUCCAACAUUACGAACCCGCAGACUGUCGACUGCGGGUGUCAAGGAUCAUGCUAAUACUCUAUUGAACUUGUUGGAUAUGGGCGAAGUCCGCAGUUGGUAUCUAUCAUCUCUGUUCUCUUCGAACGUCCGACUCCCCAAGAUCAUCUUCAUCGGCCAUAGUCUAGGCGGAUUGGUGAUUAAACAGGUUUGUGUCAUGCAAUUCCAAUGUAUAUCAUCUAAUGUCAACUUAGGCCCUGCUCAACGCCCAAAGAAGACCCUAAGUAUACCGCCAUCCGAACUGGAACCUCCGGCCUCGUCUUCUUCGGCUGUCCGCAUCCACGGCACCAAAGGCGUCGAACUGGGCAAGAUCGCAGCCAAAGUUGCCGAUUGUUUGGAACAUAAUUCGCUGUUUACCCGACAGAUGAGCGUGCGUUUCUCGCACCAGCUGGAGGAUUAUAAAGAUAUCCAGCUUCAUCGAGGAAAGGAGGUGUUGCUUGGUGGUUCGGGGCCAGCGUCCAUCAGUCACCUAGUCGUCGACGAAGAAUCUGCCGUCCUGGGCCUCCCCGGUCAGCGUGAGACCCGCCUCAAACUCGACGCAGAUCAUCGCAGAUGUGCAAGAUCGCAGAUUCAGUCCUCGUUGCCGAGCAGGGAUACAUCCCGCAACCGUCGACGACGUCGCGUCUACCUCCCCUGUGCCUCCCCGGAUGCAUCUCAGCAGCAGCGCAUCCUACCCUCUCAGUCGAUCGCCAGCACCGACUGCCCAACAGUCAUCGGAACGCUUUUUGUCGCUGUCGAUAACGAUCCCCGCUCCAUGCAGGCCGCAGAGCAAAGAAUAAUUGGCAGUGGGAUAAAGCUCGAGAUAUAG